UCACUCAAAUGGAGCGUUUAUAUUGUUUUCCCAAACAAACAAAAACCUCAAAAGCAGACGAAGUUUUCUUGUAGUCUUUGGUUCAUAGGUUGUUCUGAAAAGUAAACUAUACUCUUAGUGGUUCUCUUCUUCCUUAUCCCUUACCCUCUGUUUUCUUUCUUAGAACACAUCCAACAAAAAAUCAUGGAUCUAUCUACACUGUUACUGGCCCUGCUCUUCAUUGCAGGUCUCAUAAAUAUCUUCCUUCAAGUACCAAACAACAAGAUUACCACUCCUUCACCAACGGCCAAGAAGAAAGAGCUUGAAAGGGUGUUUUCCACUUUCGACAAAAACGGUGACGGUUUCGUGACGAAGCAGGAGCUGAGGGAAUCCCUGAGGAACAUCGGAAUCUUGAUGACAGACAAAGAGGUGGACGAUAUUGUCGUGAAGUACGAUUCCAACGGUGAUGGCUUGAUAGAUUUUGAAGAGUUUUGCUUGUUGACAAGUGAGUGUAUGGGAGGGAAAAAGGAAGAAGAUAAAGAAGAAGAAGAAGAAGAAGAAGAAGAAGAGAUUAGUCUAAAGGAAGCUUUUGAUGUGUUUGACAAGGACAAGGAUGGGGUUAUUUCUGUGGAGGAGCUAGCUUUGGUGCUUAGUUCGUUAGGGUUAAAGGAAGGGAACAAGAGUGAAGAGUGCAGAGAGAUGAUUAAGAAGGUUGACAUGGAUGGAGAUGGUAUGGUCAAUUUCAACGAGUUUAAGAGAAUGAUGAUGAAGGGAGCAAUUAAUUAACUCCAUUGCUACCACAGGUUCUCUCUUUUUCAAUUCUUAAUAGAUACAUAUCAAAUCAAAAAUUUCUCUCAUUACAAAUCUAGAUUCUUAAAUAAUUUUCCAGUUAUCUGUAACUUUAAUGGCUAUAUACGUAUGU